AUGGAAGUUUCUUUAUCAGAGAAGGCAUUUGGGAAGAUGGCUAUGCACUCACUAAAAUAUCCAAAGUGUCCUGUUGAUGGAAUUUUACUAGGAUAUGAAGAAGAUCAAGUAAUUAAAGUUACAGAUGUAAUUCCUCUAUUCCAUAGCCCUAGAUUAUAUGAAAGUAUAUCUUUAGCACUCCUAUUUAUUGAAGAAUAUUGUAUUGAAAUAGUUCAAAAGGGACUUCUAAAUAAAUUUCAGCUUAUAGGAUAUUAUUAUGAUGAAGAGUUUAGUCAAUUACAAGGAGCUUUAAAUACAGAGAGUCAAGUAGAUACUAGAUGUAGUUUAAUAUUGGAAAAAAUUCUACAAAACAACGAUGCAGCAGUGUUCGUGCGAAUGAAAAGAGAUCAAUUGUUCACGAGAGAUUGUUUGACUGCAAGUAAGAUGAAGAGUAAACAGCAAUUUGAAAAUAUUUCACUAUCAGUAUGUUCAAAUUCCUCUAAUAUUCUAAGGGCAGUCAAAGAUAUGCAGUACUUCCAUCUUUAUGAUUUCGAAGAUCACUUGUUAAAUCCAAGUCUAAAUUGGUUCAAUCCAAAUCUCCUCAAGUAA